AUGACAGAUCUACAUGAAGUCCAGUUCAGAUGGCCUCACUCAAACGCCUCCCACGUUGUUGUGACGGGAGCCUUCGACGGCUGGUCAGGCUCGGUUUAUCUCGCGAAGACGUCAUCCGGCUUCGAGGGCACAGCACGCGUGCCCUGGGGGCAAAAAAUUGCCUACAAGUUCAUCGUCGAUGGCCGCUGGACCACAGCCGACGGUCAGCCUACUGAGUUUGACAGCAAUGGCAACUUGAACAAUAUCUAUACUUCGCCUAAUUGUCCAUCCCAGGAGGAGACGAAGGUAGAGGCUAGCACGAUUCGGGGGGCAGUAGCCGCGGCUGGUACUGCGGCAGGGGGUGCUGCUGUUGCAAUGGUUGGAGCGAUCGCGCCUGAGACGACAUCACAAGCACCGCAAGCGCCUACACAAUCUCCAGAAGAGACUUCUUUGCCAGUCGUUGCUCCAGCUCCCCCCGAUCCAUCAUCAGCUGAGGCUGAUCCGGCUGCGACACCCAAGCCAGAAGCGAAGAGCGAGCCGAGCCCACCAGAACUCGAGCCUGUGACACUUUCUGAAGAGGCAGUACUCCCUCCAGAGGAGGUCGCCGCGCCCCAUCUCGCCCCGAACGUGCCUAUCCACGUUCUCCCACUUCUGCCGGAGGUACCCGUUGUUGCCCCCGGUGUCACCAACACCCGACAAGGUGUUGCCCAACAAGAAAAUAGCGAUGUAAUUAGCGAGCCGUCUACGCAUGUGCCUGCAGGUAUGAACGGCAUAGGGGGGAGAGCGUCAAGCCCUGCCACUGUUUCGAAGCCUAGUGAGACGGAGACGAGCGUCGUUGGGACGACGGCGGCGUCAGAGGAGGAGCCUGUCGAGUCUGUGGUGCUAGACCCGGUUGUCGUCUCGAACAGUGCGGUCGAUGCUGCUCCUGCAAACGGCUCGCCAGCUGAACUGCCUUCGACAUCCGACACUGCCGCUGCUCCCAUCCCAGAAAAGCCUAUCGCAAACGGUUCGUCUGCGCCUGUGACGACCGCGUCUGCGUCUGCGCCCGAAACUCCUGCUGUGAACGGCUCGAGUGCGCACACGAACGGCACCACGUCCAAGGCGACCCUGCCCAGUACACCACCAGCCAAGGAGAAGCGGAUGCGCUUCCCGUCCCUUUCUGUGCGCUCGCGGCGCUCAAGCAGUAGCGUGCACACAUCCACUACCGAGUUCGGCGCAGAUCCAGGAAAGGAGGGCACGAAGUCGGAAACGUUAGGUGGGACGCAUCGCAAGAAGCGGAGUAGCAUCUUCGGAAAGCUGAAGGGCAUCUUCGACUCUCCAAGCAAGCUGGGCAAGUAG